UUUGAGGGAGCGAGUCGAGCAAUUGCUAACGGAAAUUUUAAAGGGUAAAGAAACAAUAGCUUCAAAUAAUAUACAUAUACAUAUAUUUUAUAAGUGGCCGUUGAUCUUAACGGCAUGUUUAAAUGGAUAUAUUUAGUUUCGAAUGGUUAAUGGCUCGACAGCGACUGGAAAAUAACGUACGUGCACAUUGCACGAGCUGCUCGUAACGCUCGAAUAUGCCUUUAUUUACAUUUUAGACUAUUUUAAAGGCAUGACGUCACCUCUCUUAUCUGUUUUGGCUGUCUAAACUAGUUCUAAACGUCUAUACCUGUAACAUUUGAUCGCUGAUAGCGAUAUUAUUGUCUAUGACAGUCCUUCAAGUGCAGGUAUGUUCGCUCAGAAUGUGUUUUUUGCCAUCGAUGUGGAUUGUCAACCAGAAGAGAACAGCAGCACGACCAGUGCCUUUCAGUAUAAUCUCAAACAUUGGAUACUAAGGAUUCUGCUCAGUUUGGGAAAUAAAUAUGGUCUCGAAAAAGUGCGAUGGGGAUAUACAUUUUUCCAUUCAAGGACAGUUAAAAGUGCUACGCUCAUAACCAGAGGCACUGACUUCAAAGAGCUUCACGAGAAGGCGUUUAGUGACUUUGAAGAGGAGCAUUAUGUCAAAUUUAAUGUGGAGGAAAAAUCACGCAUAUGUCGCGAAAAGCCCUUAACGCAACACAAACUGAAACCCAGCCCGGCUAGUUGUGUCCAGAAUGCACUGAAAGGGAUCCUCCUAGACUUCCAGUGGGACAGACCUGAUCUAACAUCUCCCACCAAAGUGGCAUUGAGACCCCGAAGGUCCAGUCGAGGUGGCAGAAAUGUCCCUUUGCAGGACGAUGACUUGGGCAUUGACAAAAAUAUUCUUUUCGUUGUUUCUGAAUGUCCACGCUCCAAAAGAGAGUUGGGGGACUACUUGUCUUUGAGGAGGGAUGACAGUAGAAACCAAAGAGAAAUACAGGAGCAGGUGCUGCCCAAAGGUCUCAUAAAUAUGCUUAUUAAACGAAACGUUGUGCUACAUUGGGCCGAUUCGGGCAUAUUGAAGGGUAACAAUGUGGUGGAGGACUACGUUGGCCUGGAUACAGUGGCAGAGCUUCUUGGGCAGGUUGGUGGAUGGGUGGUCCCCAUUCUGUCUCCUUGCUUGCCACUGAGGGACCAGCAUCAGGUUUUGGAAGCUUUCCCUAUAGACUCAACAACCAAUGGCUAUGUUCAGUCAUCCCAAAGGUUACAUCGACAAGCAUUUCCUUCAGUGGAUGGAUCUCUUUGCUGGAUUGCAGAAGGUGGUGACAAGCAGUCCUGUGAUGUGAUGCUGGAGCCGGUCUCAUUCAGGCAAAGAUCUCUGCGUGCUACUGUAGAGGUGACUCUGAGAGGCAUCCUGGAGGACUUGGACACCUUCUCCCUCUCACGUUCAGCCUCUGAGAGCUGGAUACUGCAGUGCCCAGUUGCUGAGCUGGGUCAAGUAGCUUUUAAGCACCUGAGGGAGCUGUCCACUGAAGGAUCUUCCCUGCUUGCAGAAGUGAGUGAAGGAGGUGUGGUGUGUUCAGCAGUGCUGUCAGUGCUCUCCUCCUGCACAGCUCUGCUCAUUGUCCUUCAGCCUCUGGUUACUCUGGGAGACGAGCACCUGCCUGCAAACUUUGUUUCCUCAGAAACCGCAGACAUCCCCACUGAUUUACCUGAUGUGGUCAGCAGUGUUCUCAAUGUCAUGUUUGACAUCAUGGAAAAUGAGGAUUGCUCAGAUGAAGUGAAGAAGCUGCCAUUAGUUCCUGACUGGGCCAAUCAAGAGCUAAAACAGUGCUUUGGUCCAAGGAGACAUGGGCUGGUAGAGGACUGGUUUCUUCUUUCUGACCAAUCAGGAAUCAGCUGCCACUUGAUGGAAUCAAUGAAGUUGCUUCAUGCAGCUCCUGAAGAAGAGGAACAUGGAGAGGAAUACUUAGACACUCAGCAGGACCUGACCAGCUGUCUUUCAGAUCUCUAUCAGAGCAGCGAAGCUGGCUCCAGUGGUAACCUGAGGUCCAAAAAACGAGGUACCCAGCGCACAUCAGUAAGACAGAAGAUGAAGACCAUGAGUCGCUCUCUACAGAUGCUGAAUUUUGCUUGCUUGAAUGUGAAAGCUCAAAAGACUAAGGCAGAUAGCAGCUCUGCUGGGUCUGCCAAAAGGGCUGACAAAGGGGUCAAGAGAUGCUUUGUAGAUCGCCCCAAGCCUGGUCUCAUUCAUUUCAGCAGUGAGGAGGAGCUGCUCUCCUACCUGGGACUCGCUUAUCAGAAAGCUGUGGACAACAGAUCAUUGUCUGUUCCCUCUCAGGUCCAGGAUUUGGUCUCUUUGGUGAAGGCAUUCAUCAAAACCAACACAGAUGUGGAGGCUUCAUUCUUGGAUUUGGUGCAAAAGCAUCUAUUAAAAACCUGUCAGUCUAUUCGUCAGCUGUAUGGAGAUUCUUCAAAUGUUGAAAGUAAAAUCAGGGAAUGCCAGCUGCAAGCAGUUCUCAGACUUGAGGUUUGGAGACAAGCAGAACAACAAGAGGAAGUAGUUGUGGAAGAGAGAGUGGAGGAUGUGGCUGAUAUGUUCCGUAUUAUCUCUCGAAGUAAAGAUGCUGUUUACUUAUCCAAGUUCAUGCAAGACGAAGUCCUCCCAAUGUACCUGAAUAGCAUCCCUAAGGUCCUGGCAGAUGUCUACCACAGUCUAGGAACUCAGUUGCCUGAGGCGCUUAUUGCUGUCCUGCCCCCUGACUUCUUCAGUGACGAGUCUAUGGCUAAGGACAGCGUGUCUGUGAGUCUCUCUCCUUUCUCUGCCACACAGAGCAACUUCUCCAGUUUCGAAGAUCACCUGGAGGAACUUCGCAAUCGCUCUGCUAAGAAGAGGAGGCAGAAAAUUAUCACGCGCCACAAGAGCAUGAGCGAGGCUCCUCAAGUGCUUCGACAGAUAGAAAUGCCAAGAAAAUCCACACGCUUGACAAAGCCAAAGCUGUGUGUUCCAGUAGAAAAACCUGUUGUGGAAGAACCACCACCAAAAAAGCAAGCGGUUCAAGAGGUAACCAAGGUUAGGAGAAAUCUCUUCAACCAGGUUACCGGAUCUCCGUCAAAGAAGUCCAAAAUGCCCAGAAGCCAGUCUGUGUCCGCUGUAGAAGGACUCAGGAAAUGCAAGCGUUCACAUAUGGAGGAUGGUGAACGACACACUCUUUUGACAAAGAAAGUAUCUGAGACACCACUUCAUAAGCAGGUGUCCAGUCGCUUACUUCACAGGCAAAGGACUGGCAGGAGAUCUGGAGAAUCUGAAGUAUGCAUUAUUGAGGAGUCUCCUGUCAAACCAGCUGCUGAUUUGAGGAGAAGCCCAAGAAUUAAAAGCCUUACCAGGAGAUAUUCAAGUGUCUUCUAUUCGAGCUCACAGCCACGUUCCCGAAACCUGGACCGUGUACUGUUCUCCUCUCAGCUCUGCCAUUCUGAGGGUAAAGGUGGAUUCAAUGUUAGUUCUGUUAGGUCUCCAGUUCGGCUUCUUUUUGGUGCCACCCAAUCCCCUGGUCGCUUACGGCACCCUACAGCAUCCUUUUCAGGAGAUCAAGGCAGCAAAGAUCAAUCUGCAGUUUUUGAGAGUCAAAAUAAAACUCCACAAAAGUUGCAUCCUGAUACAUUUGGAUCUGCAGUUGGGUGCAGAACCCCUCGUUCCCCAAGAACUCCAGGCCGGACAGCUGGAGAGAAUUCCAUAACCCUGCGAGGGAGCCCCUUUCGCUCACCAGCUGCUAAAAAUCUUGUGGUAGAGACUCCCAAGAAAAGCCCACUUAAGGGGAUACUCAGGACCCCAAUGAAAAUCCUCCUUGAAUGCGUUUCUCCAAAUGGCACUUGGCUAAGAAGCCCAAGCAUAAAAACGCCAAAGAAGAGUGUCACAUGGUCUCCAUCUCCACGAAAACGUCUGUCAGACAAUCCAAUCAAUUUGCCAGAGUCUCCUUUGUUUGAAAGAAGAUGUUCACCAAUGCUAAUGACACCCAGCAAGAGUUGCAGCCCAGAUGAAAGGACAAAUGUUUUCAAAACACCCGACAAAGUGACUCAAAGGAAUAGCAUGGAAUCUCCUGAGCCAUCUCCCAGGAAACUUGAAAUCCCUGGAAAUCUUGAUCCAGAAAAGUCCAGUGUGAAAUCAGGAAAGAUGAGGAGAAUGUUGAGCUUACCUUGUAAGGUUAAGGAAAGCUCUGUUGAAUUUGCCUCCAAUGAGGCACAGAAUUCUGAUUCUGGGCAAUUUUCUAUUUGCCUUUUAUCACUGAAAACAAAUAUACAAACGCCCAUAAAAAGCCCUGGCCCAACACACAGGAUGUGCACUCGCUCUGGUAGAACACCUCUAAAAGACACCUCCUCUUCGCCUCUUAACUCUCGAGCCAGUCUAGGUACUGGCCCUUUGCCUCUUAAAGGUCUGUCUUUGGCUAAAGAGAAAUCAUUUGUAUCUGAGUCCUCAGGUAGUCAUAGAUCAGGUAUCAGCCUGAAUCCUCAAGAGAGGGAGUCUCAGACAAAAAUAGAGCAAAACGAGACCAACCUGGAAAAAGCAAAGGAAACAUCAUUUUCCGACUCUCAGCAGUUUGAUUGCUCUGAAUUUAGCUCCACAGAGGACGAAAGCAUUGAUAUAUCUGAGGCUUCAGUUGUAAAGACACAGUUGACAGGUGGCAUUAAGAUGAACAUUGCUUUCUCAAGGAAAUCCUCUAGAAACUCAGAGGUUUUUGAAUUCAAGGGCAAACAAGCCAUCCCGGCUGAAACAACGCCAAGUCGAAGCUACGGCUUCCGUCAAACUCCAGACCGGCGGCAAAGAGAGGCAGAAGCACGUCUUAGAUACUCCUCGGGAACACCAAUGUUCUCCACCCCAAUAACAAGAAGAACUCCUGCAUGUGGAAAGAAGUUCACCAAUCCUCAACCCCUUACUUAUGAAGUGGAGCUGGAAAUACAGGCCUCAGGUCUGCCCAAACUCAAGUUAAGACGAACAGAUUCUUUCAAUACAGGUGAUACACCAAAGACUGCAACCAAGGGCAUGGCCUCACCUCUUGUGCUUCAUAACAUGUCAAACAUUAAGGUACCACAAAGUGAUAGUCCCCUUGCACAGUGUUCUAGACAUCGAGAUCCUGGCUGUAUAUCUCCAUCACUCUGCAGUCAUGGAACCCCUGCCAAAGGAACACCCGGGAAAGGUGUACAGACAUUCAUAUGUAAAUCAAUCACUCCCACACGGUAUCCUACAAUUAACCUUUCUCCACUGGCCUCGGGUGAACUCACCCCUUUGACACCAUCUCCUCAGAGCAGGGGGUCGACCCCAGAAAAUCUCAAUAGUUGGCCUCGUAAGAAAAGGGCACAGAUCAAGACUAACGGGAACAAAGAGCAGGUCAUCAAAGGAGAUCCACAUUUUGAAAAGACUAGGAUAUUGGACAACCCAGAGCUUGAGGGUGUUUUCAGUACACAAGGGGUGGAAGAAUUAAAGGAAUCAGUGAGUUCCCCAUUCGGUAAAAGGACAUUGAGUCUGAGGUUAAGCAACUUGGCAUGUCAGCAUUACUCACCAGAAGGCAUGGACUGGACAGAGUCUGUAGUCCAAGAGUGUGAAGUUAGAAAAACUAUUAAAUCUGAACGGUUUGCGUUGAUGGGUGGAAAAGUAGAGACCCCUCCAGGCCCUAAAGUAAAUAAACCUGUGUCAGCCAGUGGAAUCUUCGCCCUCACACAGUCACCUCUGCUAUACAAAAAAUCAACUGUAGUCAAAGAAACAACACAAUGUGAUGGAUCAAAGUCUGAACUGGAUAGCUCUCCUCUUUGCCAGCCAAGAAGGCAAAGGACACCAAGUAUGUCAUACAGCCGAAAGAAACUGCUAGACUAAGAAGUCUGUCACUGCAAUAAGUACUUUUCUGAUGCAUUUUCCUGCACUCUUUUUAGAAAAUCACACUUUCAUUGUAAACUGUUUUGUCUGUUUUGAAUAUUAUGCUAUGUCUUUAUAUCAACUGUUUUUAUUCUGCUUUGCUUGUAUAAUAAUGCAUUACACAAUAUUGUAUAUUUUGUACUUUGUAUUAUACAAAUAUUACAUCUGCUAUCAUGUUCAAUGUAACACACAUAGGAGUUAAACUGGACUUAUCAAAACAUUUAUUGUGAAAAUAUGGUGGAAAAUUUUUCUUUUACUUUUUUUUUUUUUUUUUUUUGUGGGUUUUUUAAUCUAAAAAAUAAGCUUAAAUUGCUUUCAUUUUAGUUUGUUAGUUUCAAUUAUUUAUUUGAUCUUAUUGCUCUGGAAUGGAGUUUUUAUGUAGUAUGUUUUUCUUAACAGCUGAAAUAAAUGUAAAUGUUAAACAGAUUAUUUUAAUAAAGAAACUGUUGUUCUUAAGGUUCUACAUACUGCUUUUAUUUAUUCUUUUAUGAAUUCAUGUUAAAAAAAAAGUUUUUUAUUGAAAUAUCCAGACACCCCUGUAACAUCUUAUAUUGGGUAAAAAGAAUUGUCAGUUUUAUUCUCAGAAUAUCUGCUAGUACUGCAGCUGAAAGCCAAUUGCAAAACCAUUGAUGGAAUGUGUUGUGGUUAAAGGCAUUAAAUGUCAUGUCUAAUAUAGCAUGUUUUUGUGGUCUGAAAGUUCAGUAUCUAUAGUUUGUAUUUCAUGUUGCACAUAAUCAGCUAUUAAACUGGUUGGCCUCUGAAAAGUUUAUACCUCUUAAAUACAUGACUUGCAGCUUGUCUUCAGGUAGGUUUUACACUACUGGUUAACAAACUAACUCAUAAUUUGAAACCUGCUUGACAAAGUAAAUACCUAAGUGUUUUUAUGCUUUAUCGUGUGUUAUACAUGCCUGUCCAAAUUAAAACACAAGUACUUUAUCUAAAUGAUGCUUUUGUGUUUGACAGAGCAUACAGCUUGGCGAUGGUGGUCUCUCAUUAUGUCCAUGUCUUGACUUAGAGCGAUGUGAAAAUUACACCAUUUAUCUAGUAUACCACUAGAUCACCUCAUAAUAUGCCUUUGAGGUUUCUUUAUAUACAAUUUGGCCAUUGGAUAAGUCCAUUUGACAAAUGACUUGACUGUCACUUUCUUUGAUUCAUUCUAUGAGUGACUUACA